GCCUCCCAUACACCCUGCCCCCACACAUCCCUGGUCAGGUAUAAGGGCCCCCACCCAAGCAAGGUAUCCAGGCUGUGGAGGUGACAUGGCCAAGUCACACCUGCUGCUGUGGCUGCUGCUGCUCCCCACACUGUGUGGCCUGGGUGCUGCUGACUGGAGUGCCCCAUCCUUGGCUUGUGCCCGGGGCCCCGCAUUCUGGUGCCAAAGCCUGGAGCAAGCACUGCAGUGCAGAGCCCUGGGUCACUGUCUACAGGAAGUCUGGGGCAAUGCAAGAGCUGAUGACCUCUGCCAGGAAUGUCAGGACAUCGUCCGCAUCCUCACCAAGAUGACCAAGGAGGCCAUCUUCCAGGACAUGGUGCGGAAGUUCCUGGAGCAUGAGUGUGACGUUCUCCCCUUGAAGCUGCUCACACCCCAGUGCCAUCACAUGCUUGGCACCUACUUCCCAGUGGUGGUUGACUACUUCCAAAGCCAGAUUAACCCAAAGAUCAUCUGUAAGCACCUGGGCCUGUGCAAGCCUGGGCUUCCAGAGCCAGAGCAAGAGUCAGAGCUGUCAGAUCCGCUGCUGGACAAGCUGAUCCUCCCUGAGCUGCCUGGAGCCCUCCAGGUGACUGGACCUCAUACACAGGAUCUCUCUGAGCAGCAGUUGCCCAUCCCCCUCCCAUACUGCUGGCUCUGCAGGACUCUGAUCAAGCGGAUCCAAGCUAUGAUUCCCAAGGGUGUGCUGGCUGUGACUGUGGGCCAGGUGUGCCACGUCGUACCCCUGGUGGUGGGCGGCAUCUGCCAGUGUCUGGCCGAGCGCUACACUGUCCUGCUCCUGGAUGCGCUGCUGGGCCGCAUGCUGCCCCAGCUGGUCUGCGGCCUCGUCCUCCGGUGCUCCCACGAGGACAGCGCUGGGCCAGCUCUGGCGUCUCUGCCCAGUGAAUGGUCACCCCAAGAGUCCAAGUGCCAGCUCUGCAUGUUUGUAACCACCCAGGCAGGGAACCACAGUGAGCAGGCCACACCACAGGCAAUACGCCAGGCCUGCCUCAGCUCCUGGCUGGACAGACAGAAGUGCGAGCAGUUUGUGGAGCAGCACAUGCCUCGGCUGCAGACCCUAGCAUCCGGGGGCAGGGAUGCCCACACCACCUGCCAGGCCCUGGGGGCGUGUAGGACCACGUUCAGUCCUCUCCAGUGUAUCCACAUUCCUCACUUCUGACAAGGACUCAAAGCCAUGCCAGGCCAACCUGUCCUGAAGUGCAGGGGAGACCAGACUUUGCUGCACAAUGAUGCUGUCCCCUUGGAAGCCAGGAACCCCAACAUCAUGACUCCUUCUUCCUGAGACACAUUUCUCUCUUCCUGGCUGUCAUUGUCUAAGUCAGAAAUAGUACCUUAGGAUGGAGCAGUAGUCAGAUGCAGCCUCUGUGACCAGGGGCCUCGGGGCAGGGAAACAACCCUGAGAGGAACAGACAUAGCAAUUGUGGGCCAGAAGAAUCCCUGAAAGCAAACUUGGCCCACUUCACCAUUUGCUCAGAGCCAUCUCCUAACAUGGUGGUCACAUUCAUCCUGUUCACUCAUUUUUUUAAAAUGUAAUGGGUACCUAUGGAAUGGCCACGUUUUAGGGGCAAGGUCUAUUAACAGCUGUGAAUAAAACAAUGAACCCCGUGCCCCCCUGGAGCUCGGGCCCAGGUCCAACUCUUCUACCUGAGUGGGGAAGCCCAGGCUUGCUCCUGAAUCUCCCUAGAAUUGCAAGCCCCUGUGGGAGGCAGUCGGGGGGGAAAGUGUCCGCCCUCAGACCUAUCCCACAGGGACCAAAUUAACGCUUUCCCUCUACCCUGAUGACGGCUACGGGAACCCAGGGGCUGGGGAGCUGCCCAGGAGAUCAAGGCAGUCUCCUUUCUCCAGCUCCUAGGGCUUCCAGCACCAGAAGAUCUGGGCCUUCCAUCCCUGUUGAAACAGGAAAAGCAAUGGAUUGGCCCAGAAGGCCCGGGCUCUGGUUCCAACUCUGCCAUCAACUGACCAUGGGUCCCCAGCCAAGAUAAUGUUGCCCCCUCUCUGGCUUUCAUUCUCCUCAGCAGCAAAGUGGGGAUCAAAUACGGUGGUUUCUGGGAUUCUUGGGCUCUUUCACAUGACAAGUCUCCUCCUCAAGCUCCCUUGCCCUCUGCCCACACUGGGAAGAAGCCUUCACUCCCACGGUCACCUUUCCCACCUCCUUCAAGCUGAUGGGCCACAAGCCCAGAGGUUGUAACCUCAUUCCUGUUAUUAUUCUCACCCCUCCUAUCUCUAACCACAGCCCAAACCAGAGCCACUUCCUUGUGAGGUGCAGCCAAGGCAGCACCCUCUGGAGGAGAUCCGCAAGAGGGGACUUCCGGCCUGAUAACUUCCGGCCAGAACUCACACCCAACUGGAGCCAGGCCAGCUCCCGUAACCCCCCAGCGCUGGGUCCAGGGAACACAUCAGCCACAUGGCCCUUCCCUGGCUUGAUUCCCUUUCAUCUCCAUGUGCAUAAGACACUAGCUUUUACAGUUAUUUUGCUAAUACUUUCAUAAAACUUAAAUUCAGGAGAAUAAAAAAUGUGACCAUGAAGUACCGUAGAAGAUAGAUAUACGAGAGCAAACUUUUCUUUAAAAAAAUCAGGACAUGCCUGACGUGUGAAGAACAGACACAGCAGGGCUCAAGCAGGGUUAGGAGAUGACUGGACAAACUUUCAUAUCUGAAAUGUUCUGCUGCGUAUAAGCUAUCACUUUAAGAUGUAAAAAAGGGUUUUCUUUUUAUCUUUUUAGAAGGCGAGCUUCCAAGUUUUGGUCGAAAUUCCAUGUGAUUCCAUUUCUGCUAUAGCUUAUCUCUUCAAAAUUCAGUUGGGGCACACACUAAAAAUUAGUUCCUGUGUAAUCCAAUGCCUGUAACAAUACUAAUAAAACCUAUUGCUUCAUAAUAAAAGGAAAAAAGACAGUCAUUUAAAAUGUCCCUGAACGCAUGGCUGGACCAGGCAGCAACAUCACUCUCCUCCUUAGGAGAAAAGUAGGCACCCCCAUUGCCUCUCCCUCUGAUAACUGCUUCUGGCACAGCCCCUGCCUCUCACCCUCCCCUCUCCCAAAGAGCCCAUUCACUGUGAUGAGAUGAGGUAGUUAGGGUACCAAAAAAAUCAAAAUAUACAACAAAAACAACAACAAAAUUAAAUAAACCUUUAACUUUAAAGACUGCA